UUUACGCAUCUUUGCACGAGUGGCGGGAGGGUGGAAGCGGAGCAGCAGAGGGACGAAGGUGGCACCACCUUCCUUCUAUUUUUUCGAUAUGGCCGCCAAUUCUGCUGUGUCCGCCGAGCCAUUUGCUGAUCUACCUAAUGUCCUGAGAGUUGUAUCCUUUCUGAAGGUGACCGAACUCAAAGCCCUCAUCAAAGAUAUCAACGCCAGAAGGACAGGGGGGAAUAUCAGCACGGCGGGAAAUAAACCACAUCUGAUCGAAAGAGCCGAGGGCUUUUUCAAGACUUGCAAAGAGAUUGGCGAUCUCGUCAAUUACGAGACAGGCCGAAGGGACCUCGAGCGUUACUAUGGCAGCCCUGUAGUUGGCGCCACAAGACCGUCGCGAUAUGCGGGGCAAGGUCAUGGCUACCAAGCAGGCAAUCAUGUUCUCGGAGGAGUACCUUCGAACAAGUUCUCGAGCAGCUCUUCUGUCAGCGGUGGUGGCUACAAUGGCGCCGCGCCUCGCUUCAGUGUCAACGGAGCCUACGGGAACCACGCUGGCACCUCUUCAGGUGCAAGCUAUCCUCAUGCCCCUCGUGUUUCUUCGACAAUCACAAACUUUAAGCGCUCUCCUUUCGUGCAGCCCAAGGAGUGGGUGUGCGGACCAGUGACAGCUUAUGAGGCGCCCGCACAGAAUGAGAGGAAACAGGCGUCGCUGUUCAUAUACCUAAAACCUGAGCAAGUUGCUCUGUUGGAGCAGAAAGAUCAUCAGCUUCGCUUAUUUUCGGCACCAAAGCCGGCUUGGGAUCUCGGACAGAAUCCAAAUCAUCCAGUCACGGUUGAGUUCCCCGUCGUUUGCGAGCUUCGAGUCAACAAGACGCCGUUGUCCGUCAACCUAAGGGGUGGAAAGAAGGGGCCUGCCAAAGUGCUCCCCCCAAACCUCAACAAGGACAAAGCCCUCGCCUUGACUACUGGUCGCAUGAACCAUGUCGAAAUGUUGUACGCAAACGCGCCUAAAGCAUACAUCCUCGCUGCGGCUAUCUGCUCGGUCGUCGAUAGCCCCUCGUUGGUCUCGACGCUCAAAGCAAAUAACCUCAAGCCUAAAGAUGUGGUGCUGGGUAACAUGAAAAGAGCUGCAGAUGACGAUGACGUCGAGGUAGGCGAGGCAUCCUUAAGCCUCAAGUGUCCACUCAGUUACAUGCGCCUUCAAACUCCGUGUCGUUCGGAGGCAUGCACACAUGUGCAAUGCUUUGAUGCGUUGUCGUUCUACUCUAUCAACGAACAAACACCUUCUUGGCAAUGCCCGGUCUGCUUCAAAAGCGUGGAUCCGGCAUCUUUGUUUUGGGACGGCUACGUCCAAGACAUUCUGGAUAGGGUGCCUGAGGAGGUGGAAACUGUCCUCACCGACGCAGUUGGCAACUGGCGCACAUCCAAUGACGCGAUCUCGUCGGGAAGGGCGUCAGCAACAACAAGUCAGCUGGGAGCCAACCGUGGUACGGACAAUAGAGAAGCGAGUGGCACGGCGACACCACUGCAGACCGACUAUCGACCGAACUCGAGCAGUGAAGACGCAUCGAAGAAGCGCAAGCAUUCGGAGGUCUUUGAGAUAAUCGAUGAUGAUGAAGACGACGGCGACGACGAUGUGCCUUUGAAGUCAAAAGCACGGCCGAACGGAAACGGCUUUCAGCCUCAGACCAAUGGUUCUCCCAGUGUUCCACCAGAAGGGGAGCAAUCAUCGGCCCAGAUUAUUGAUCUCACCUUCAGUGACUCGGAAGACGACGACAUUCCAACACCGCCUUUACCUCCCUCGGCUGGGCUUUCAUCGACUGUCACCUCGGUAGCGCCUACCACGCGUCAGUAUCCCUCCACCUUUUCUUCUUCCCAUUUGGGAACCAACGGUGGUGGGACUGGCCAUGCUGAUAGGCUCACCGCUCCUUCGUCCUCCAGCUACAGUAUAAUUCCGCGCGUCCCUUUUCAACCUCUUGAUUUGCCGCGGCCUACGACGACAUCGUCGGCACAAGCCCCUGCUCCCGCACCGAGUUCAGCACCACCCCAAGUGCCAGAUGCAUUAGGGCGACAGAACACGGCAAGCAACGAGGCAAGUUCAGUGACGGACCUACAUCGACCCAGAACACCACCAAGAGAAGGUGGAGAUUCAGAUGAAGAGGAUGGUCAGAUAAACACUCCAUCAAGGGCAAAUAGACAGGCACCGCCAUGGAGCCGCUGGGACGAGGAAGACGGCAGCUUCGAUGAUGGCGACGAUCGACUCUAUUUUGACGCCAGAGCGGGCUUAGGCGGUGGCCAAGCGCCUGUCGGGCAGAUUGGAGCCUCUAGCAUGGAGCAGUGAUGUCUCCUCUCGCUUUCCUCUUCCUUCCCCUUUUUUUUUCACAUUUCGUCUUGUCCUAUCAUCAUCCCGGCGAGUCCUUUCCUACCGCAUAUCUACCACUUUUCCCCUCAGUCAUCAUCUUCCUCACCCCG